GAGCCUCCGUGGCCCCAGCCUCCACCCCUAGCCCCCAUCCCGGGCAUAGCCCCGCCACGGAGGGCGGAGCCCGGGAAGUCUGUCACCGCAGCGGUCGCGUCACCGCCGAGGGGGCGGACCCGGGGAGGCGUUCGGGGGUCACGGAGGCUGCUGCUGAGCCCGCCCUCUCGGCCUGCCCCGGCGUCCCCUCUCCAUCUCCCGCUUUGCGUGUCUCUCCUGGCUGCAUCCCGACGAAGAUGGCAACCGAUGGGCUGCACGAGAACGAGACGCUGGCGUCGCUGAAGAGCGAGGCCGAGAGCCUCAAGGGCAAACUGGAGGAGGAGCGGGCAAAGCUGCAUGACGUGGAGCUGCACCAGGUGGCGGAGCGGGUGGAAGCCCUGGGCCAGUUUGUCAUGAAGACCAGAAGGACCCUCAAAGGCCACGGGAACAAAGUCCUGUGCAUGGACUGGUGCAAAGACAAGCGGAGGAUCGUGAGCUCCUCACAGGAUGGGAAGGUGAUUGUGUGGGAUUCCUUCACGACUAACAAGGAGCAUGCGGUCACCAUGCCCUGCACGUGGGUGAUGGCGUGCGCUUAUGCUCCAUCGGGAUGCGCCAUCGCUUGUGGAGGUCUGGAUAAUAAGUGUUCCGUGUAUCCACUGACAUUUGACAAAAAUGAGAACAUGGCUGCUAAGAAGAAGUCAGUGGCUAUGCACACCAACUACCUGUCAGCCUGCAGCUUCACCAACUCGGACAUGCAGAUCCUGACAGCCAGCGGUGAUGGGACUUGCGCCCUGUGGGAUGUGGAGAGUGGGCAGCUGCUGCAGAGCUUCCAUGGGCACGGGGCUGAUGUCCUCUGCUUGGACCUGGCCCCCUCAGAAACCGGAAACACGUUCGUGUCUGGGGGUUGUGACAAGAAGGCUAUGGUGUGGGACAUGCGUUCUGGCCAGUGCGUGCAAGCCUUUGAAACUCAUGAAUCCGAUGUCAACAGUGUCCGAUACUACCCCAGUGGAGAUGCCUUUGCUUCCGGGUCAGAUGAUGCAACGUGCCGCCUCUACGACCUGCGGGCGGAUAGAGAGGUCGCCAUCUACUCCAAGGAGAGUAUCAUAUUUGGAGCAUCGAGCGUGGACUUCUCCCUCAGUGGUCGCCUGCUCUUUGCUGGAUACAAUGACUAUACCAUCAAUGUCUGGGACGUUCUCAAGGGCUCCAGGGUCUCCAUCCUGUUUGGACACGAAAACCGUGUCAGCACUCUUCGAGUUUCUCCUGAUGGGACAGCAUUCUGCUCAGGAUCAUGGGACCACACCCUAAGAGUUUGGGCAUAAUCCUCUCAACAGUGUACAUGAAGAACGUGUCCUUCCCUGUAGACAUGACUUCUAGAGGAGCCCACGGGUUAACUUAUGGGAGCAACUUCACGGCUCAGUACUCACUCAGCCCCUCCAGUGUCACCAUGGAAACCGUCCCCUCCCCGUCAAUGUGCUCCUGUAGGCCUUGGCACUUCAGCCGUCCCUGAAGUCCGUGUUUCACGCAUCUCCAACACUUUGUAAAAUCUGUCUUUGAAGUUAUUCCAACUGACAGAACUCCACAUUGAUCAGCACGUACAAUGUCCCUCAUUGCUUCCUUGAAUUUGGUCUGUCUUCAGAGCACUUUAAACUCUACCUUUUCUUGGCGUGGACUGUGGCUUCUAGAACCUUCCUCUGGACAUGCCAGCUGUAUGGACUGUGAGAACGACUGUUCCCUGGUCUGUCAUAGAAGAAAAUUCCAGUUCCAAAUGUGACUACACAGAUUCACUUUUUAAAACUUUUUAUGUAAAAGUAUCUUUUUUUCCAACCUGUUCAGUUGUAUUUUUUAGAUGAAAUGUUUUUGUCUGGGAAAGCCUUUAGACAUGAAGUAGACUUGUGCAGAAAACAGGCCAUGUGUUUGACCUGUGAUGCUGUGAUAGAUGGUGGUCUAGGGCGGGACAUCUCCCCACACUUGAGGGGAAACUGAUUGCCAUUUAUAGCACAAAUGCUUCUGAGAGCGAACAGAACCUUCUGGUAUGUGAAGACAAGACACACGAUGGGUUUAAAAGCCUGCUAGUAGCAAUAUCAGAGAUGCCUGAGUCAAAGCGGGUGCUGCCCAUGUAAAUAAGAUGCGAGUGUCCUGCACAGCAGUUAUACAGACUGAUGGGCAGGUUAUGAAUAAUAGUGUCUUUGCUAUCAAA